AUGAAAACCCUCACAGCCGUUAUUUUUCUCACAGUAAAUUUAUUCUGUGUGCUCGAAGUCAGCAACAGCAAACCCGUGAUUGACUGUUACCUCGACUCCGACAAUCCAAAUGAAAGUUGCUAUGGAAAUGUUGAUGAUGCGAAGCGCGUCAAAGUAAAACGCUCGAUGAAAACCCUGUCCGAAGAUUCUCUCAAAACCAUCCCCAACCUAUUUGAAAUCGCAAUGGACGAUUCGGAGCUAGAAGAAAUUCAACCUGGAACCUUCAAAGAUUUGCCAAAGUUGAACGCCAUUCGUUUGAAAGGUAACAAUCUUCGCGAAAUCAAAAGUGGAACUUUUGUGAAUCUCAGGGUUUGGUAUUUCUUCUUGUGGUGGAACUCGAUUUCGGUUCUGCACGAGGGAGCUUUCCAGAAUGUAACCCAAGUUCGACAAAUGUAUCUUGAGAACAACGAUUUGGAAGAACUAAAGCGAGGGGCCUUCAAAGACGUCUAUGUUCGGUAUUUGAGAAUGGGGAAAAAUAAAAUUUCGAAAAUAGAGGCUGGAGCUUUGGCUGGGUUGUUUCCACAUGAUAAGUAUGGAUUAAAUGUGACAUUAAACAACAACCGACUUGAAGAAAUAGAUCCCGCGGCUUUUGACAACAAGGACAUGCGUGUUUUAGACUUAUCACGUAAUUCUAUUUCUGUACUCCGUCCAGGUGACUUGAGUAAGUUGCCUUCUCUAAAAACGAUAAUACUGACAGGAAACAAAAUAAAAGAAGUUCCGGAGGGAGUCUUCUCUGGCACGUCAAUUGUAGAAAUUAUACUGAACGUGAACGAAAUUUCUGUCAUAGCGAGUAACGCUUUUCACGACAUGGAAAAUCUGGACAAUGUUGAGAUUCGUCACAAUAAAUUGAAAGAGUGGAAUGGGAACUGGUUCCGUGGUACUGAGAGUAUAUUAAUUUCGCUUUCGUCCAAUUCUUUCGAGACAAUUCCGGCAGAAGCUUUCAAAAAUCUUCCAAAUGGAUGUAUCGUGGAACUAAACAACAACCAGAUCAAGAGUGUUUCGGACAGUGCUUUCAGUGGCACGACAAAUAUUGACACCCUUCUGCUGAGAAAUAACCAACUAGAAGAGUGGAGUGCUGACCUUCUGAAAAAUGUUAAAAUCGAAGAACUUGAUCUUAGGGGUAACAACAUUAAGUGUCCUGAAGAUGGGUCAAAGUCUCUGGCUCCUACAGCGGCAUUUGUCCAUAUCAGUGCAUGCCCUUCAGAAUAUUUUUAAAAUAUAAUUUUUCUUAUAAUUU